UCAAAAAAUGUAGAAAACUCACAAAGACAUAUCCUCGACUGUUGCAAUGGGAGAAGCUCUCGAUCUCAACCUCUAUCCAUCAUGCUACAAUUGCCUAAGCUGGUCUGACGACGGGGAGCUUGCAGUAGCAGCUGGAGACUUGGUCCAUUUACAACUCCCCCAAUGGAAACCCAAAUAUGUCCACCCUCUCUUUGAAAAAGAGAAAUCCAUGCCAUGGACAUCUACCAAAGUCCGAACCAAUGUCUUCACCCACCAAGAAUGGAAAGUCGUUUGGCCCUCCGGUAGAGAUGAAUUCUCUAUCGGAGCCGAACAGUCACCAAGCGUCGUGUCUCAACUGGCCUGGUCACCCCCGGGGUUGGGGCUGCAUCGGCGAUGUGUGCUCGGUGUACUGACAUCUAAUCUGCUACUGUCAUUAUACGAGGCGGAUGGACAGAGGCGGAACUGGUCUCGCGUUUGCAUUGUGAAUCGAGCCAUUGAAAAUUUCUUCCGGUUAAGAAACGGAUCCGAAGAUUUGCUCCGCAGGUCUCGAAUCCGGUCUUUUGCUUGGUGUCCUCCCUUGAAGAGUGAUGCCCAAUGUGCCGGGGAUGACCGCGCAGCCGUACGAUGGGGUGAACAAUUACUUACCAUCGCCACGGAUAGCAACGAAGUUAUUUUAGUCCGCGUGAAACGAAAUCCCCCAUCAAAAGCUUCUAAGACUCAAUACUCUAUCAACGUUAUAGAUCAUGUCUCAAUGGGACAUCUGGAUAGGAAAUAUAGCAUGGUUCUUAAGGGAUCAUUGUUCGCUGAAGCAUUGAACUCCAAAGCUAGGAUAAUGAAUGUCUCGUGUGGUCCUUGGAGUAGGGCUGUUGGUGAGGAUAACGACUCGGAGAACUCCAGUGCGAAGUCCAGAGCUAUGAUCGCGAUACUACUAGGAGGUAAUCUACAUUUGAUCAAUGUACAUGCCGGGUUGAGUUCUGAAGACGAAUCUGCGGUCUCACUUGAAGAGCAUCUGACACUGAAUCUAAAUGUCUUGGCCUCUAAUGAGUUGGAAUCUAUAAACUUUACUGGACCACUGCAGUGGAUACCUAUCGACGAGUCGAGACUUUUACUUGUAGCAGGCUACCUUGGUGGGCGAGUCACACUUCGCUUCGAUCAAGACACGUAUAUGAAGUCAAUCAUGCACCCUGCAAUUGAUGAAGGCAACAUAUUUUUCCGCCAACGAUCAUUUCAUGACAAAGGAUAUAAUAGCAUGGGUACUAUAUAUUAUCAACAUAACGAGCCAAUAUCAGGAAUUGUAUCACCGACAUCAUCCACAACCUCCCAUGACACUCGCACAAUAUACCUCACAACACUUGGUCCUUUCUGCGAAGCAAUCCUUCUCUCUACGAUCGGGACACCACUAGAAGAAAGUAUCUCCAGAAUCCAACCGCCAUGGGAGGAUCAAAUAGAGCGAUAUAGGCAACGAUACGACAUUCAAUAUGAACUAGGCGACAUGAGCGUCGUACGAAUAUGGGGGCUCGCUACAUCUGACGGCUGGACAGCUGUAGCAUUCACGAUGCAUCCAGGAGACGUGCUCGAAUACACGAUUCGGGCCGAGGAGAGUACAAUUAUUUUGUUCACGCCGCCGGAGCCUGGUGCGGUGUUUCCUAAACCUGUCAAUUUAUCUGAUGAACUAAUGGCCAUGAGACGUGAUGAUAUUUUGCAUUAUAUCCUUUCUUCAUCCGACAAACUUCGCAAGAAUGAUCUGCGGUCAGCCAGGUUGAUUUACUCAGCAUGCGUAUGCGCGAUAAACGUUAACUAUGGCAGACAACAGGAAACAGACAAAAACGACGACUUGCUAAACCUAGCCCAUCGAGCACUAACACAUCUCUCAAUCGUUCUUGAGCUUCCAAUAGACGAGGAAAUAGCAUUCUGUGACUUCAAUAAACCGAGCACUGACGCUGUACUUGACGCCACACCAAAAUCAGCAUCCAUGCUUGAAAGACCAGCAGGUUGGAUUUACGAAAAAUGCAACACUUGUUUCCGCCGUGGAAAGGGAAAUGUAGGCUUGAGCUGGCGUGAUCAAAACACAACCAUUUGCGCAAAUGGUCAUACUUGGAAUCGAUGUACCCUGACAUUCCUCGCAAUUCAAGAACCAUACAUUUCCAUGUUCUGUUCUAGAUGCGAUAUGAAUUUUCUUUCUCGAGAUCAAGGCAUUGAUUAUACUUUGGAAGGUCAGCAGCAAACUGCCCAGGCCAGGAAUGGCAAGGAAGUUUAUGAUUUGCUUUAUGAUCGAUAUGAUACUUGCGCGUAUUGUGGGGGGAAAUAUCAGGAUGAAUAG